CGCUUUGUCUCUCUUUACAGGCUUUGAUGUGAACCCUUUGCGUGAAGAAGUGUGCUGGAGUGACGCAAACAGGGGUGCUGUUAUGUGCAUCAGCUAUGGCACUCCAGCCAAUUUUUCUGAAGUAUUCCUUGCCGGUGGGGGCAGCCAAGGCCACUUGGUAUUUACUGCCGAUGGGGAGAAGUUGUUGUACAGCCCUGGAAAUGGCAGCUUGUACUCAGUCACCUAUGGCUCUCAUAAUACACCAUAUCUAGUUUGGAACAGCACACAGCCAUUGAGCUACUUGAAGCUUACUAGUGCUGGUGACUUUCUUGAACAUUCUGCCUCAAGACAUCCAUGCCAUCAGUUGUCAGUGCCUUGCCAUGGAAUCUGCCUCCCUGAAGAAAAUGGCCACAGAUGCUUGCCUAUUGGAGGCUCGGACACUCUUUUGGUGUUUCUCCAGAAUCAUAGGACCGUAGUUUACCCUGUUGGGUCAGAUGCUACAGUGCCACCCCUUCUCUUGCAAGCAGAAUUCAGUGAGAUGCCCCUGGAUUCAAUUCAUGUUCUCUCCACUGAAGAAGCAGUAGUAUUUUCGAGCCGUGAACGACUGUAUUGGGCCCGCAUUGAUGGUUAUAAUGUUACUCCUGUGGCAACGUUGAACAACACCAGAGUCACUGCACUGGCUGCUGAUGCAUCUUCAGGUCUUUUGUACAGAGCUGUGUUUAGCAGUCAUGGUGCCCGGAUAGAGUCUUUCUUCCUGAAUGGAACUGGUGUUAGUGUUCUGGUAGACACUGACCUUCACAGGGUCAAUGCUUUAGCAAUACAUCCUUCUAGAAGACUUCUGUUUUGGAGUGAUGCUGGUGAAUGGCCACGUAUUGAACGUUUUGAUUUAGAGACAAAGGAGAGACAGACCAUUGUACACGAAGAGUUGUUUCAAGUGUCUGAUCUGACGCUAGACUUGGAGCAUGACCUAGUGUACUGGUGCGACCUGGGCACAGCUCGCAUUGAGCGAGCACGCCUGGAUGGCACUCGUCGCACCAGCAUAGUACUCAACAAGGGCCCGAAUCGCCACUAUUCCCCAGUUUCUGUGGCAGUCUUCCAGUCUGUGCUUUUCUGGAUUGAUAGCACCUACUCAGGUGGCUCUUUGGUAAUGUUGGUCAAAAACAGGCAUCCUCAGAUCUCAACAUGGAGUCGGUUUCUUGGUCCAAACAUGUCUCAUCUGCAACUUUACAAUAGGCACAUACUCCCAUAUCUCAACGAGUCAAGUGAUAUGUACAGUUCUAACCUGAACCCUAUAAUGUCGUGCCGUGGUUUCUGCUUCAAUGGUGGGACCUGUUUAGCCAUUGAUGACGGCCCUGGUGGACCUACUUGCCAGUGCACUGCCAAUUUUACUGGGCCACGGUGCCAGUUCUAUGCAGCAUACAUCUACAAUCCACCCUUCUCUGAUGAGGAACCAGGUAUGGCUGUUUCACUUUGCACUGGUUUUACGUGGGUUGUUGCAUUUGAAUAUGAAUACCUUGCUGUUUUCUUUACAUUGAGAGAUUCAACAAGGAGUAGAGGCAGUUAAAUGAAACCAACAUCG